CUUUCUCUCUAACUCUUUGUUAACCACUCUCAUCAAAAAAAUAUUACUAUUUAAAAUAUUCUAAGUUGUUAGCAGAAAACAACAAAUGAGUCGGAUCAGAAACAAUUGAAGCAAUUAUGCAAUAAUUAAGAAUUACUUAAGGUAAAAGAGUUGAAUCUUACUAAAUCACACCAAGUGUUAUUUCAUUUUCUUAAGUAAAUUAUAAUUCAACAUUGGUGUGAACUUAUAAUUUCACUCGUUAGAUUGGUACAGGCAUUAAAGAAGUGAAUGACACAUUUAUAUUUUAUUUAAUUUGUUGUUAGUAAUUAUUUCUCAUCGUCUCACUUAUGAUAUAUUUAGUUGGAGGUAGAUGAAUGGCAAGAGAGGAAAGAGAAGAUUGGUAAUUUUUGUGAUUGAUUCAAAUUUUAAAGGGAAAGGAAGAGACUAAAUAUAACUUAAAACUAUUUAAAAUGCCUCUCAUUCUCUUGAAUCAAGCACAGCAUUUUUUAAAAUCUAUCUCCUCUCCUCCACUCUAUUGGACCAAAUCUGACCCUCAAUGGUCUUGCUUGAAGUAAAGUGAAAUUAAUUAUUUUUCAGGAAUUAAUUAUUUGUUCUUACUUCCUAAUACAUUAACCAAUCAGUGGAUUAACCACAAUCAUAAUAAUGCGUUUGGAUUAAUUGGUGGUCAUUGAUCCACGCCACAAAAUCCUACGACUUUAGGGCAUGUGAGGUUGGUUGGAGUACGCGUUUUGGUAGGUUUCUAGAUAGGGUACUGUAAGGUGAGUUGUUCCAGCACAAAAUCUAAAAAUUGUGAACCAGCUAGAACAAAACUGGCCACAAACAUUUCUCUUCUUAUUUCCUACCAAACGACCAUAUAUAAGUUACAAUCUUUUAAUUUUUUGACACUAAGUUACAAGCUUUUUAAUAUUGAUUAUCAACAUUAUUUCGUUAAUGCGCGUUCUCUUUGAUAUAAUAUACACAUGUUCAUUGUUCAAUGGGCCACACUAUCACUUCAUGCUAAACUUUUCACCUUUGACAAUGCGACUUGGGAAUUUCUUAAGUCAAUCUUACAACUAGAUAAUAACAUGUGUGCGCUGUACAGAUAAAAAAAAAUUAAUUAAUAGAUAUCUAAAUAAUAAAUCUAAAUUUUAAGAAUGAUAUAGUUUAUUAUAUUAAAGGACAGAUUUAAGAAUAUUAAUUUUACAACUAGAUAAUAACAUGUGCACCAUAGGUGAAGAAGGGAAGAACACAUCAUUUGCGGAAGAGAGGGAAGUAACAUAGCUGGUGGGAAUUGGAGGAGACACAACAAUGUAAGCAUAAGAUCAAAAAAUUAGCUCCUGUUUGUUUUCACGUGGAAUUCUCUAUCACUGCAAGUUUGUCUAUUGCUACAAUUUGCAGCUUCCUAAUUUUCACGGUGUAUUUACAUUGAGACAUGGGAAAAUAUGUUAUUAUCAAACCAAACAUAUUCUUAGUAUAUCAACAAGUGUAGCACGGGUUCACUAAAGCGACUUAAUUGAUUUUGAGAUGGUGUGUCAAUAACAAAAGUAAAAUGGCAAAAAUGUGAUAUAUUUUAGUAUUUGAAAAACUAUAAAAUCACCGAAUCAUUGCGCGGCCAUGUAAAAUCUCCAAUUUGUAGCUUCGAUAAAUUCACAUUCUCAGUGAAAUGACAUUGGGAGGCAAAAAAAAAAAAACAUGAUGUGGAUCCAACCCCUCGUUUUAAAAAAUUAUACAUCAUAAGUAUGUAAAGGAGAAUUCUAACAAGUGUCCUCAAAACAUUGUUUAAGCAUUCAGAAGAAACAAAUUUGUAUAGGAAAACAAGUGCACUUGGGAUAUUAGUUAAGUAAACAUAUUGGUAUUUUGAAAUUGAAAUCAAUAACCAGUGGCUAAUACAUGACAUAUAUCUAUCUACUGAUAUAUAGGCAUUUUCUUUAUAGUUUAUUAAUUAAUACUAGUAGCUAAUAGGUUAGCUAAUAAGCUCAAUUAGUGAUGAUUGCGAAUUAUCAAUGACAAAAGAAAUAUAGCAAAUAAAUACAUACCUUGAGGCUUUGGACAUGGAUAGGGACCACACGAUCAAGAAUAGUCCUUUGAUGUAUAAGCAAUGUCAAUAACUUGUUAGUGAACACUCCCCUAAAAGUCCACAAAACAACAGAAGUUUAAAGUGUAAAUUUCUAAGCCUCUAAAUAUAUAAAAAUGUUAUGUCAAUUUUUCUUGAUCAAGAACAGUAAGCAUCUUAGCUUGUAUAAGCUGAUUCACAUCAAAACCCGUGAGCAUGUUACUGUUCUAAGUUGGGAUACAGGGAUGUUAUAUAUAAUAAGUAACUUCACAUUAAUGAGUAAGCUUAGUUUCCUAUCAAUAUUUACAUUAUUCCAUCAUUAAGUACUUUACACUCUAUGAGUGCAUGAGCUGAAAAAUAUAAUUGAUUUGAUAGCAAGGUUUGCUUUCUUAUGGAGAAUAUUUCAUUCAUCAGAGGGUUUCCUGAUCUGGAAAUAUUGGAGGAUCCUUCUUUCUUUCUUCAUCAGUGGCAUUCGAAUUCUAUUGAUGAGUCUAACUCACUGCCAAUAGCUGCUGCUUUUGGAGACACUUUACAACACCAUUCAUAUAUUUAUCCAAACUUCAACCACAGAACUUCAGUGGAAACUGCUCAGACACUAGAGGCUCAAUUCAUUUCAUACCCGAAUCUUCUUUCGUUUGAUGACUCAUAUCAAAUAAACCAGUUUGGAUUAGUGAAGCCUAAGGAUGAGAUGGUUUGUCCUAAAAACAUCAGCAAAAAUAGUUCUGACAUGAUCUCUAAAGGAACUUUGGAGGCAAAAAAAAUAGCGACACGUCCUAAACUCUCUCAACCUCAAUAUCAUAUAAUAGCUGAAAGAAAGCGGCGAGAGAAACUCAGCGAGAGAUUCAUCGCUCUGUCUGCCCUUGUUCCUGGACUACAAAAGAUGGAUAAAGCAACUGUUCUUGGAGAUGCUAUCAAGUACUUGAGGCAAUUGCAAGAGAAAGUGAGGGCUCUUGAGGAGGAACAAAACAUGAAGAAAAACAUGGAAUCUGUGGUGGUUGUGAAGAAAUCCCAACUACGUGAUGAUGUUGAAAACUCUUCUUCAGAAUCCGACGGUUCCUUUGACGAGGAACUGCCAGAAAUUGAAGCAAGAUUUUGUGAUAGAAAUGUCCUCAUAAGAGUUCACUGUGAGAAAAGCAACGGGGUUUUGGAAAAAAUAAUCCAUGAAAUUGAGAGACUCCAUCUAAAAGUCACCAAUAGCAGUGUCAUGACAUUUGGGAGCUGUGCACUUGAUAUAACCAUUAUUGCACAGAUGGAUAUGGAAUUUUGCAUGACAGUGAAGGAUUUUGUGAGAAACCUGCGCUCAGCUUUUACAUCUUUCAUGUGAAGACUUCCUUUAGUUCAUACUAAACAAAUCUCAAAAGCAUAAGAAGAAUAUAUAGGAUAUUCUUUCAACUAUAUAUAUAUAUAUAUAGAAUAUAAGUGUUUAAAUUUUCAGUUCUUCAGUGAUAUUUUUACUUACAAGGCCUAUAAUGUCAACUAUCUCAUCUACUCCAAGCAUGCUCUAUACUAUGGUUCAUUUGUGGACGGGUUUUUGUGGCUGCAUAUUUUCCUUUUUGCAUGGUUAACUUGAUGACCAUGUUAUGGCUACCAUCUCUUCCCUAAAAAUCUUAUUAAAGGGGCAUUGAAUUUUUGGGUGCCUUUGACAAAUAGGCCAUUGUAUUGUUAUUCUCUCUCUGUUUCAAACAAAAUGGUUGAUUGAUAAAAGUUGUAUAGAGUUUGAACACUUUGCCAAAGGCUGUAAGUUCAAACCUCUUGCAAAGUAUGUACCAAAGUGAAAUAAUAUACAGUACACUUUAAAUGUUUGGUUGGCUUUAAUGAAAUAAUUGUAUAUUUUACAA